CGGACGGACUAAACACUUAACUUCCGCUGUCUCUGACACCGGACUGAAGUUGUGACUGACAGUUAAUUUCAUGUUUAUUGAUAUUUGAUCUAUCUUUUAGUACAUAUAUCAUACUAUUUUCCACCGGUUUUGCUGUUUGAAGAGCCUAUUUGAACCUUCCAGUCCCUGACCUCAAGAUUUUAGAUGAUUAUGGUGUAGAGAGGAGCGCUGCUUCUGAAAGGACUGGGAGCGCAGGCGGGGCAGGUAGCGUGGUGCCGGGCCAGACCAGGACAGGACCAGGGGAGAACACCAGGCGGUUGGAGCCAUGCUGACCCUGGCCAGUAAGCUGAAGAGGGAGGACGGAGGCAAGCCCAGCCGGGCCUCCGCCACCUCUGACUCCACGCACAGGGUCUCCAUCAGAGACCGCCUGCUCACCAAAGAAGUGGCCGAUCUGGAAGGACACCUCCCCACUACGUGCAAAGCCAAUUUCCCAGAUGAGGACAAACUGCAUCACUUUCACCUGGCCGUCUCCCCCGAUGAGGGCUACUACCAGAGUGGAAGAUUCCAGUUUGAAAUCAACGUCCCAGAAGCCUACAACAUGGUGCCUCCAAAAGUGAAAUGUCUGACCAGAAUAUGGCACCCAAACAUUGCUGAGACUGGCGAGAUCUGCCUGAGCUUGUUGCGGGAACACUCCAUCGAUGGCACAGGCUGGGCCCCAACCCGAUCACUCAAGGACGUUGUCUGGGGUCUGAACUCCUUAUUUACAGACCUGCUGAACUUUGACGACCCACUGAACAUCGACGCUGCAGAACAUCACCUGAGGGACAAGGAGGACUUCCGGAACAAGGUGCAGGACUACAUCAAGAACUAUGCCAGAUGAUAGGAGCACCCGGCUGCACGCCUCUGCUCCUCAGCCAACCAAACAGCUCCGCCGCGUCGCCACUCCUCCCCCUGGCUCCGCCCACUUCCAUCUUCGGGCCGACCCCCUUCCCCUAGCGCUUAUCUUAUUGAACAAACACCUUGCUGGUCCCGCCCAUCGAAACCAACUCCAACAACCGCCAACCGUUGCUGGAAUGAAAAGAAUAUGGAUGUAAAAGAAAUGUUAAAAAAACACAAAAAAAAAACACAGAAGAUAUUGGGGAAAUAACGAUUGGGUGGGAAGGGGGGGCCUAACCCAGACCGUGAUGCCUGUCUGUGGCCCUCCUGCGUCAAGGGACUCCUGCU